AUGAGUGACAAUCAUAGUCUUGAUCAGAGGGUGACUGAAUUCAUUCUUCUGGGCUUCCCGCCAGUACAUGAGCUGGAGGUCUCCCUGUUUGUGGUCUUCUGUGCAAUCUUCACUCUCACCCUCUUGGGGAACCUUAUGGUCAUUACAGUUGUGAUGAGAGACCCCCAUCUUCACACCCCCAUGUACUUUUUUCUGGUGAACCUCUCUCUGCUAGAGAUCUUCUUCACCUCAGCCAUUGUCCCCAAGAUGUUAGCCAACCUGCUGGCUAGGAAGAAGACCAUCUCGUUUUCUGGUUGCAUCGCUCAGUGCCAUUUCUACUUUUUCCUGGGCUCCACUGAGCUGCUCCUCCUGAUGGUGAUGUCUCUGGACCGCUAUGUGGCCAUAUGCCACCCUCUGCGCUAUGCUGCCAUAAUGAAUACACGGGUCUGCAUCUCUCUAGUGCUUGGCUGCUGGCUGGGUGGCUUUCUGCACAUCCUGUGGCCAACCGUGGUGAUUGCUCAGCUCCCUUACUGUGGCCCAAAUGUAAUCAACCACUUUUUUUGUGACAGCACCCCAUUGCUGAAACUUUCCUGCUCUGACACACGCCUCAUUGAACUAGUUGACGUGCUCCUCGCCUCCAUAAUGCUGAUGGGCACCCUACUGCUCAUCUCCAUCUCCUACAUGUACAUUGUCUCCACAGUGCUUAGGAUUCCAUCAGCCACUGGGAGGCAGAAGGCCUUCUCUACCUGUGCCUCGCAUGCCACUGUAGUGACAAUCUAUUAUGGCAGCUCCAUCUUUAUGUAUGUCCAGCCAGCACAGAGCCCCUCCUUGGAAUCCAACAGAGUGGUGGCCAUUCUGACAGCCAUGGUAACACCACUUCUCAACCCCCUCAUCUAUAGCCUGAGGAAUGAGAAGGUGAGGGAGGCCCUAAAAGAAAUGGUGACCUGGAAAGGGCUUCCCAGAGAAACACGGGAACAUCCUUAA